CAAAGCCAUUAUAACGUAACGGCUUGUAACAUGAGAAAAAAUUUAUAGUUACAAAAUUACAUGAAAAUCGUAUAUUAUUCAAAAUCAUUGUAAAUGUUAGCUUGACAUAAUUCUGAAAUACCUUUAUUAUUACGACGGGAUAUUAGUAUACUGUAAGCAUUUCUCAUGGCUAUAACUAUGGAUUUGGAAGAGACUGCUUCAGACUCUAAGCUCCAUAAAGAAAGCUUAGCGAAAAAAGAAUUACGGCCAUCUAGUGCAGUCUCCUUCUCCAAAUCUGAACAUGGACCAGAAACUUCAUCUUCAAUUGACCAACUGAAACAAUACAAGAGUUGGGUAAGCAAUGAAAGAUGGAAUGAACUCAAAAAGAUUGCGGAUACGGCGAUGAGGGAACGAAAAGUGUUUAUGAUAAAAGGCGGUGGAUUUCCUGCGGUGCGUCGAGCGCUCAUCGAAAGAGGCUGGAUCGAAAAAUACGAAUCACAUAAGGUACGUCAUCCACCUCCAACCGUAGAUCCGAAGAAAGUGUCUGGAAAAGAACUGUCUAAGGUAGAGAGAAUGAUUCUUUACAAAUUUAUGGAGCAUCAUUCCGUUGAUUUUCUUUGGACAUCUAAAAGAGAUAAAUAUGAUUGGCUACUAAGCAAUAAAGAGGUUGUAAUAAGCAGAUUUUGCAGAUCUGUUUUUACUACUAAAGAAGGUUUAACCACUUCAUUAACUCAAAUGCAUUGGUACACUGAACCUGGAGUAGCACAAACUAAGUUUCCACGAUGUUAUAAUAUUCAUAAUUCAGAUAGUCUAGAAGAAUUCAUUGAUGACUUUAGAAUAACAGCUUGUAUAAGCAUUUUAAAAUGGCUAUCCAAUACGCUGCAAGUACAUAAGGAACAAGAUCUAGUGAAAAACAACGGAAAAGUUCCAUUUACUUCUAUUGAAUUUGCAAUUUCCCGAUUGAAUGAACAUAUUUCAUUCUAUACUCAUAAAGAUAUUGACGACACAGACGAUCAAACACAACACAUAUGGGAACAUGAAUGGGAUCAAUUUCUUACGCAUCAUUAUCUCUUGGUACAUGAAAAUGCCAAAUUUUUAGAAGACAAAAAUACAAGUAUUGGUCAAUUAGAACGAAAGGCGAGUAAGGUCUUAACUACAAUGACAAAAUUUUGGCCUCAGAUAGAUAUUGACGGGGUUUUCAAUAUUUGGAUCGUAAAGCCCGGUAACAAGUGCCGCGGUAAAGGCAUCCAACUUAUGAAUAAUAUCAAAGACAUUAUAGGCCUUAUCAAUAUUCCUGCUCAGAAGACGAGAUACGUCGUGCAAAAAUACAUCGAAAAUCCAUUAAUCAUUUACGACACUAAAUUUGAUAUUCGACAAUGGUUCCUUAUCACUAAUUGUCAACCACUAACGAUCUGGUUAUACAAAGACAGUUACUUGCGGUUUAGUUCCCAAAUAUUCAGUUUGUCAAACUAUCACGAGUCUGUACAUCUUACGAAUAACGCUGUUCAAACUAAGUACAAGAAUAAUGGCGAUCGUGACAAAGCACUGCCCGACGAAAAUAUGUGGGAUUGCCACACUUUCAAAGCUUAUCUUAGACAGAUAGGAAAAUACGAAAUGUGGGAUUCAAAAAUAUAUCCAGGAAUGAAGCAGUGUCUCAUUGGGGCUAUGUUAGCGAGCCAAGAGACGAUGGACAAAAGACAGAAUAGUUUCGAAUUAUAUGGAGCCGACUUCAUGUUGACGGAAGAUUUCACUCCUUGGCUUAUUGAGAUUAAUUCCAGUCCUGAUUUGGCGCCGACUACAUCUGUUACUGCAAGAUUAUGUCCCCAGUGCCUUGAAGAUGUAAUAAAAGUCGUACUAGACAAACGUUCUAAUCCAGAGGCUGAUACGGGAACCUUUGAGUUAGCUUACAAGCAAGUUAUUCCAAAGGCGCCGGCUUAUCUCGGCUUAUCAUUAUGUAUAAACGGAAAGCGAAUUAUUAAAAAGCCAAAAGAACGGAAGCACGAACAUAGAAGCAUCACUCCUAUAGCACCCCGCAUACCCUCCGGUGAUAUAAUUGUUGAUGCCGAUCAACCGAUUCCAUCAGAAUAUAGUGGCCCUAUAAUAACAGACUUUCUAACGUGGUUAAACCCAUAUGACGCUUUACCUAUGAACAGAGAUGGUCUAUUACUGGGCCCCAAGGAUUCACUUACGGUACGCCAAGCUGUAACUGUCGUUAAAUCGAGUCAAACCCUAAAAAACUGUAAUAAAAGGCGUAAAACAUCCGCGCUCUCUUUUAGGACACAUCGAGGAAGACGCGAAAAAAACGCAGAAUCUAAGCGUCGAGUUGUACCUCAUUCCUGUUGCCGUCCAGAAGAUAACCUUUCUAAUAACCACAACGGUAAAUAUCGGACAGAAUCGGCAAGCAAAGCUGACAAACCUAAAAUUGACAGGUCGGUUGGUAAUAAGCGAUGUUACAUAGACCCAGUCGAAUGGGAAAGGGAGACGGCUAGUAUUCUCAGAUCCACAAUAUCCGUUCAAAAUAAAAUAUCAUCACGAACUGAAACCGUAGUCCCAAUCAUACGAAAAACUAAAUCUGGAAACGUUAAUUCAAAUUAUAAGCCUCUAUUGGAACCGUUAAGCUCUCGUAGUUAUGUUGAUAAAACAAAUACUAUUAAAAAGUUGAGCGCUAUCGGUAGAAGUAUUUGUAAACUACGCGAUGAAAGUAGAGUUAAGAAAUCCAUAUCGUUUUCUAAAAGUUGUACUUCAAUUUAUACACCCUAUCGGGUAACUGUUACACCGCUUAAUGACGAUCCUCAAAGUGUCCAUAUAUUUAAAAAGUAA